AUGUCCGACUUCUCUGACGACGAGAACUUUGUCACUGCCUGUACCACUCCUACCUCUGAUCUCUAUACUGCCACCCCGGAACCCCUCUCGAGGAACAAUACCUCCUCCUUCGACGGCGAGGAUGCCGAGACCUCAUUCCCGUGGAUGUCACCGUUUACAAAGGCGCUGAAGGCCUCGCCGGGCGGACUGCAAGACACCCACAGGCUCAGCUCCGACGGAAGCAACCCCUGGGGCUUGCCGACUGACACGAUCAAGACACUGCUGGAGUCGGUUAGAGAGCGAACAGAGGCGUGGAGGAAAGCUGUCGAGGACGGCCUGGGCAGACUACCGCCGGCUAGAGCCACAGGCGCUGGCCCUGCCACUCCUGGCAACUUGACCUCCGCCCUGACCCAGUACAUGGCCCAUCUCGAGCAGACUCGCAAGUUCCUCGUUAGCCUUGUCGACCUCGUUGGCGCGGAGCUGCAGGAGGCUGCCGCUCUGGGCGUGGAGUCGGUCGUCGCCCUUCAGAACAAACGCCAACUCGCGAAGCUAUCCUUGACCCGGGACUCGCUCGAAGACGAUGGCCUCGGUAUUCCAGGGAUGGUGGCCUGUCCAGCCUCAGCCGUCACCGCAGAUCCGACGGUCACUUUUACCGAGCCCACGCCUCAGUUUGCAGAGAUCUGCUAUGCCGAGCCCCCGAACAACACGCAGCAUCCAAAGCCUACGACCACAACACUCCUGCCAGAGCAGGGAGUCACCGAGAUUACCUGGAUGAAUGCACCCGUUGUGGCAGCUUCGCCAUUUGGCGCGAUACUCGAGGAGCGACCCCCAACCCCAGGGGCUACACCCCCGAAGACUCCGCCGCAGACGCCAUCGAGUGCAUUCGGGGCUCACCCAAGCCCCGGCCGUCCCAAAUCCGAGUCCGCCCUCGCCUCGCGCGAACCCGGCCACCUACCCAGCUGCAUGAAGCUCGAGAACCAGUCCGAGGCGUCGUCUCCGCGGCCCCUAAGACGCCCGCGAUUCAUCCUGCCCGAUCAGGACGACGAGGUCACGCCCGACACAAGCGCCCCCGAGCAGAGGCGAUCCAGCCUCUACCACCUCGGCAUCGACGCGCACACUUGUGCCGAGGACCCCAGCUGCGAACAGCAAGAGCCCACCAUCUACACCACCACCUCCGCGCCGGAAGUGCUCAAGGCCAGGCGCACAAACUCCUCGCCCUUCCAGUCCCGCAUGGGCUCCAUGAUCGGCGCGUCCUCGGGCCGCAAACGCAGCGCCGUGCGCAAGGCGUCGCAGGCGCCGCCUUCCAUCCUGGACAAGGUCCAGCGCGCAGACUCGCAGACGGGCUUCGCGGCGGACGUCGUCGCCGUGGCGUACAGGAGCUCGGCUGGCGGCGAGCCCAGCGAGGGUGGGGCGGCGAUGCGGUACGAGCGGCCGCGGACCAAGUCGAGCGUGGACCGGAUGAGGGCCAUCCUGGCACAGUACCCGCCCCUGCCGCGGCCGGACGACACGGGGAUCUACUCGGCCAUGACGGGGGCGCGGAGGCCGUCGUCUCGCGGCAGCCUCGUGUCGAGGGGGCAGCGUAGCGGCAGGGGAGUUGCGACGAGGGAGGUGAGCGUCUGCUCCGAGGAUGGGGAGCCGCACGUCUGCGCCGACGAGAACUAG